AUGACCGACGGUUUCGAUGAGGACCCUGACGAAGUGACCUCGUUGCAGACCCGGCGCAGCAAGACGCGUGCGGCCACUUCGGCAUCGACGAGCAUGCGAGUCAUCGACAGGGUGUCGCAUGUCUCUAUUCUGGCGUCUCCAAGCUUGACGCACCUCUCUGUGCAGGAAGGCGCUCUGGAGAAGGAUAUCGGCUGCCGAAUUCUGAUUUGGCUGCCGGGUCUGGCUUAUGUGCUGACUGCCUUCUUCACUCUCCUCGGCAUUAUCCCGCUGAUAGGUCUCCAUGUGCGGGGGGAGGUUUUCAGC